AACAUGUGACUGCGGGUGCUCACAUGGCUGCAGUGGCUUCAUGAUCCGCUUUAGUUGUUGUUUUGUUGUUGUUGUUUGUUUUGUUUUUUUGAAGCCCGCGCGGUGGUCGGCAGCUCCGCAGCAGAGGACCGCGGGAUAACGCAGCUCCGACCCGGACAGAUCAUGGCGGACAGCGGGCAGAAAGUUGUGCUGAUCACCGGCUGCUCCUCGGGCAUCGGUUUACGAAUUGCCGUCACGCUGGCCAAAGACGAGAAGCAGCGUUACCAUGUCAUCGCCACCAUGCGGGACCUGAAGAAGAAGGGCAAGCUUGAGGAGGCAGCUGGAGAUGCGUAUGGGAAGAUGAUGACGCUGCUUCCGUUAGACGUGUGCAGUGAUGAGUCCGUCAGGCAGUGCGUUAACAGCGUUAAGGACCGUCAUAUUGAUAUCUUGAUCAACAAUGCAGGUGUGGGCUUGCUGGGACCAGUGGAAAGCAUCAGCAUCGAAGAAAUGAAAAGAGUUUUUGACACCAACUUCUUUGGCGUGGUUCGAAUGAUCAAGGAAGUGAUGCCAGAUAUGAAGAAGAGGCGUUCAGGACACAUCGUGGUCAUGAGCAGUGUUAUGGGUCUCCAAGGAGUGGUGUUUAAUGAUGUUUACACUGCCUCUAAGUUUGCAAUGGAAGGGUUCUGUGAGAGUAUGGCUGUGCAGCUGCUGAAGUUCAAUGUCCGGUUGUCCAUGAUUGAACCUGGCCCGGUGCACACUGAGUUUGAGACGAAGAUGAUGGAGAACGUGGCCAAGAUGGAUUUUCCCGGUGUUGAUGCAGACACAGUUCGAUAUUUUAAAGAUGUUUACCUGCCAUCAUCCACAGAUAUAUUUGAAGCCAUGGGUCAGACACCAGAGGACAUAGCUAAACGCACUAAAAUGGUAAUUGAGUCAGACAGCCCUCGCUUUAGGAAUCUGACCAACAGCCUCUACACACCGAUUGUGGCCUUAAAGUAUGCGGAUGAGACUGGCGGCCUGUCUGUGAACACCUUUUACAACCUGCUAUUCAAUUUCGGCCCUCUCAUGCACAUCACCAUGAGCAUCCUCAAGUGCCUGACGUGUAGCUGCCUGCGCAGACGCACCAUCUCUCCUAACUGAGUACGGUGUUGAAUCCUUCUGUUCCUCAGUGUCUUUCUUUGAGGUCCUGGACUGAGCAGGUAGCCGAAAAUCAGUAGCUUUGAGAGAAGAGGUCUCUUUUUAGUUCAGACAACCAUGAUAAGCUUUGCCAGACAACAUGCACGAUUGCACAUUUUCCACAGAUAUGAUAACUGCAGGGUGCUCUAAUGUGCUGAAAAAGAAGCAUACACUAGAACACAGAAAUAUAAAGCAUUACAUUGGAUGAUUGCAUUGAUAUUUAUUGAAACAAAUGCAACAAUUGAGGGGUUGUUUUAUUUCAUUAUCUAAAAUUGAAUGUUCUGUCAGUGCACAGACAGAACAUGAGAUGCAAAUCUCAUGGACAGAAAUUAAAGCACAAAAACUGAACUCAAUUACUAUAUUAAACAAAGAAAUUAUUGAAAUUAUAGAAACAGGAAAAUUAUGACUUGUAGCCUAUAUAACUUUACACUCAGGCUUAUAAAAGUUAUGAGUCAGAGUCAGAAUAUAUUAAUCUGUAUUGUAUUGUUUUGUGUCCCUA